AUGGUUCCGCCUGAUGUUGAAGUCAAAAUCAGUAAGACAACUGUGAAUGAACAUGAAUCCGUGCGGUUUGAAUGUGCUACCAGCGGAGGCAACCCGGAGCGCAUCGAGCGGUACCAGUGGCUUUGGAUGAAGAGCGGCUCCACUGCGGAACAGGUUAUCCAAGACUCCGAGAACAGCACGCAGAAUGGGAAGCUUUUCGAGUUCGUGCGCAUACCAUACGAUAGGAGUGGGACGUACUCUUGUAAGGCUUGGAAUCUUGGUGGGAUGGGACAGGCAUCGGCAGUCCUGACUGUGCAUUUUUCUCCUAGAAUAGACCCAGAGGCCAGCAUGACGUAUGACGUGGUGGGUGAGAUAGGCAAAGAGGCAUCGUUUGAACUGUUCAUCAUCGCCAACCCGACUCCGGCAACAACUGGUUACGUCUGGUCCAAAGAUGACAACAUCCUUUCGAACUCAUCGUCCGAAUAUGAAAUCAUUUCCGGGCCGACGUCGAGCAAGUUGGCCAUCGAACACGUCAAAUCCUCCGAUUAUGGGAACUAUACGUGCUCUGUGAAAACGAGCGGAUUUCAAGCGAAGGUUUUCAAAUUUAAGCUUCUGAAGCCAGGUCCACCUUCUGCACCCAGCAAACUCGAAGUUGUCAAUUCAACUGCCGUAGCAGCAACGCUCAAAUGGAUCUCAGAAAUCAAUGGCGGGUCGGAACAGAGAUUUUACGUCCAAUACAAGAAGUUUGCCGACAACUGGGAUGUUGCCCCGGAGGUUCCCGAAGGAGGAAUAACUGAUCAAGGUCUCAAGAAAGCCGUGUAUCAUAAGAUUAUGGGUCUUGAGUCGAGUGUCGAGUAUAUGUUUCGGGUGCGCAGCAGGAACUCCCACCCGGGGACUCACACCAGUAACUUUAGCAACGUGGCUUCUGGGGAAACACAAGAGAAACCCAAAACGUCCCUCAUAGCUGUAGGCGGUCUUGUUGGAGCCGGCAUUGUGGCGAUACCAGUCGUCAUUCUGGCUGUUAUUUUAUGGAAACGUGGUCUACUGCGAUGGAGGAAGAGGCAGUGUCAUCGACCGGCAAAUGACAACGCUGAUUACGAUGAUACCAGGGUUGAAUUUACAACAGCUGGAAAACCUCAGGUACACAUCUACGCCAAAAUUGAGACAGAUCACGUAAAUGAUGUGUUUGACCCUGAACGCUGGCAUGGACAAAAAAACCCACAACCAUUGCCUACGGGGCACCGCGUUCCGGUUCACGGAGUCCAUGGGAAUGAGCCUGCUGAUUCCGACGAUGACGUGGACGCUGACGUGGGUGCAUACGAUUACGCGACAUGGCAGCAGGGUGUUCCAGGUCAACGCCUAGUUCCUGCACCUCAGCAAAAUCAAACGGAGUGUGGCUCCUCAGACGAUGAGUCUGGAGAGUACAUCUUAAGCGAUCCAAUAAGCGACCAGGAGGGACAGGAGCCUGAAGGUACAUACAAUGACCUACGAAUCCUCGUAGCAGACGCACAGAAAGAGCUAAGAAUCCAGAAGAACGCGCAGCCUGACCAAAGUACAGCAGAGAGCAGUUCAAGACAAGCUAAUGGAUCCAAUGGGCGGACUCCAAGUCGCUCGAAUGGCGCCCAAGAGUUGGUUACAAGUCGUUCGAAGGACAAUAUGGCAAACGAGCAAGCGUCACCAUACGCGCAUUUAGAUCCAGUAGCGCCAGUAACGCAUGGAGGGUACUUGGACUUCAGACAACUAAGUUCGGAAUAAUAGGUAUCAACAUCCCAAUAGGUGGCGCUGAUUAUAACUUGUGUGUGCGUCAAACAGACAACAUUCUCGUCUCUGCCACACCAACGAAAUACCCUAGUGACAGUCAGAGUCACGUCGCGGCUGCCGUGGCUGGUACCCUAUUAAGACCGAUCAGAACAUUUUUAAAGGGACACCUCUGUCGAGGUGUUUGUAUGUGCUUGUGACAUCACCGACGUACAGGUGGCGCCCGUGUAUAACUUGAUAUAUUGUAUUGUUAACGUAGUCUGUAGGGAAGGUUGUGACCGUCGUUUACGUCACGCCGGUUUUUAUUGGUACAGGACUCCGUCAAGGCCACAACAUUCCGCCCUACAUUUGUAAUCUCUUUCUCACGGAUUUAAUCCCUUUCUUCUAUAAGUACAUUUUCCUUGAUGAACAGAUGACGGGUGAACUAAAUACUUAUAUUAUGAUUGCAGC